AGCGUAGUCCGAGCCGGGCCGGGUUGGGCGGCCGCAGCUCGGGACCGCUGCAGGAGCUACCGCCGGGAACAUGGCGGGGCUGGGCAGCGGCGAGCGCUGGGCCGAAGCACUGCUGGAUGCGCACCGGCGGAGAGCGCGCGGCGCGGACGGGAGCGGCGGCGGCUCCGGCUCGUGCGGUUGCAGCUGCGCGGCCGCGAGGCAGGAGCGGGGCCCGGCGCGAGCGGCGGAGCCCGGCGCCGCCUACACGGAGGAGCAGGUGUGCGGCGUGCAGAGAAUAAAGAAGUGUAGGAAUUAUUAUGAAAUUUUGGGAGUUGAGAGGGAUGCAAGUGAGGAAGAUUUGAAGAAAGCUUACCGAAAACUGGCCCUUAAAUUUCACCCUGAUAAGAACCGAGCUCCAGGAGCAACUGAAGCUUUUAAAGCAAUAGGUAAUGCUUUUGCAGUACUGAGCAACCCUGAAAAGCGACUACGGUAUGAUCAGUUUGGAAAUGAUGAAGAGACUUUCAGCACUGCCCAUGCCAAGCACUAUAAUUAUUACAGGGAAUUUGAAGCAGAUAUCACACCUGAAGAAAUAUUCAACAUGUUUUUUGGUGGGCACUUCCCUACAGGAAAUAUUCAUAUGUUUUCAAAUGUAACAACAGAUGCCCACUAUUAUCCACGGCGGCAUCGGACUGAGAAGGCAUGGACACAGGAGCAAGAGGAGGAAGAAAACAGGCCUCAGAAUACAUACUCAGCAUUUAUUCAAUUGAUGCCAGUCUUCAUAAUCAUAGUUGUAUCAGUUAUAACACAGCUGAUGGCCACUAACCCACCCUUCAGCUUGUUCUACAAAUCAUCCAUAGGUCAUGUUGUUGGUAGAGAAACACAGAACUUGCAAGUGCCUUACUACGUUGAUAAAAACUUUGAAAAGAACUAUCAAGGAACAGAACUUCAAGAGCUAGAGAAAACCAUUGAAAAAGAUUAUAUAGAUUAUAUCCAGACCAGCUGCUGGAAGGAGAAACAACAGAAAUCUGACUUGUCAAAUUUGGCCAAAUUAUACAGAGAUGAGCGAUUAAAACAGAAAGCGGAGUCUUUAAAACUCGAGCACUGUGAAAAGCUCUCCAAUCUUAUUGGAAUACACAAAGGGGGCUGAUCAGAGCAUACCAAUCCUGCAUUAUUUAAUGCUGUUUUUAAAUUAUGUUGUAUUUUCCUUUGUAUAAAAAGUGGGGGGAGGAAGGGGAAAAGCCUAUUAUAGAGAAUUUUAAUUGUGAUAUACUUUAUAAAGUGCAAGGGUGAGCCAGCAGGAGCUACAGAGCAAGUAUUUGUUUUAAUGUACUGUAUAGUCUGUUUUGGUUCCAAGGACCAAUGGUAUUCAGUGUAAAUUUACUCCCUAGCAGACGCAGUUUAGUUUGGAACCUGCUUUUAUUUGGUAUAGUUUGUCUGCCAUCCAAGCAGCAGAUGCUUCCCAGGAAAAUAGAUUUAAUUCUGUAAAUCAUGUGGACAUAAAGCAAUUUAGUUUUCAACAUGUAAUAUGCUGGUGUUACCAUGCUGAGCUGAACUUGGUGUCCUUGCCUCCAGAAUGGUUUGCAACAAAAAAUAUCUUGAAAAAGGGUCUGUUGUUUGUUCUGGUCUAGUAAGAAUGCCUGCUUUAGGUAAGCACUUGAAUGUGUGCUUGGGUCUCACUAAAGUUGGUGGAAUUUAACCAUUGCAGUAGGAACUUGGAAAUUUUCUUGCUGUAAAACAGGGCUCUCCAAUUGAUAGCCUACAGGCUGCAUGCAGUCCACAAGGGAUUAAUGUGCAGCCCCUAGGCUCUCACUCUGCCCUCUCUUGAUAAAUAAUAACCAGUCUCCAGGUUCCCCCAUUCCUUCCUGGCUGGCACUUCCUUCCUUCGCCCCAUGAGCUAGAGCAGUGCUGUACAGCAUGAGAAGUUGAGGAUGAGUCUGGGACCAUGUGGUGGGGGGAAUGGAGAUCGGAGCCAUGUGCUGAAGUGUGGAAUUUCACCUGCAUCAUGCAGUGGUGCAUGGGCAUGUGGGCCAGCAGGAAGGGGGGGGGGGGGGGGAUGUUUGCAUGAGUGUGCAGUGCAGCGAUGGGUGAAGGUGAGCAUCUGUGCAGUGCACUUGGUGUGGCCUCUGCAUCAUGCGGCCCCCAGGGCAUGUGGCCCCAGCACCUUAGAAGUUGGACAGCCCUACUAUAGAAUAUUAUAGUUGUUUGCAUGGGAUGUGUUAGAACCCCUGCUCACCAACAUAUCCUGUUUAAACUGACCUAUUUAUUCUUUUCCUUCCACCUGGAACAUUUGAAUGUAGUGAUUGCAUUGUGAAAGUCCUUUGUGUUUCACCUAUUCUUUAGGAUACCUUUUAGAAUGCCAGUGGAUCUAAUUUAGAAAAGUUGUGACUUGUUGUACAAAACAUAAGAGAAACUUCCCUGUGUCUAACUGAGAACCAGCUGAGAGUUUGAGGUUACUCAAAAACCUACAAGGUGAGAGUUCGAGAGUUAGAUUUAUAGGAAGAAAGAAAUCUUAGAUGUAUUCUUAUUUCUGCCCAGCCAUCAGAGAGAGAAAGGGAAGCCAGAUCAUUUUCUUCUGUGUCCUAUUCAGUGGCUCUUUGUUUUACGUUGGACCUUUAUCUGCAAACUAUCUCAUUCUCCCUGCACCACUAUGGAUUCUACUUUUCAGUGCAAUUAUUUCAUGUAUUUUUGCUUUGUUGAAUGGUCCUGAAUGUUUCAUUUAUGAUAGGACUUUUUUCUUUGUAGCAAUAAUUUUUUAUUCUUCAUUAAUUCUCCAUCCUCCUCUACUAUCUGUUGGGUAAAGGAUGAGACAUUCUCAUAAGCAGCAAAGAACAAAAUAUUACACAUGCCUGGCAGUGUGGUGUAAGCUGAGGAGGGAGGACGUAGCCAGCAUCCUUGUCUGCAAAAUAUCAGUUUUCAGUUGACUUUUGGCCACCCAUAACUAGGAACCUACCUAAAUUGUGGUGAGACAGAGGGUUUUUCCCAGCCUGCUCACAGUGCACAGAGCCUAUUUCGUGGGUAUUUUGCAGCAGCCCUGCCCCUUGGUGCUGAUUGGUGGAGAGGGCCCAGCAAGAGAUGAGAGGGCAGCUGCCAUCUUGAUUGCUGGCUGCUUUUCAUGCCUCCCUGUGCCUCGGCACUGAUUGGCAGAGAGGCCCCAGCAAGGGGAGGAGGGACGAGGGUGCAGUCGCCAUCUUGUCUGCUGCCCGUUGUGCUGCCCCACCAGCCGGUGCCUUCCUCCUGGCACUGAGGUUUUUAUUUUUAUUACGGGUUUGUUUUGUUGUUGAGGAUUUUGUGGACAAUCCCGGAUUUUGCAAUUUCUGCAGAACCGCAAAAUAAAUAAGUAGGUCCCUACCCAUAAUCAGUGGAGCUGUUACCAGUUCAUCUAUACUCCAAGUUCCUACCUGUUGUAUUUAGUUUUUCAUUUCACUUGGCAGCAGGGAGAGUAAAAAUUAAUUACACUUUUAUUGGUAUUUUUGUUAUAGACCGUUACAUUAAAAUAUGUUGACUAGACUAUCCUAGAGAAUUAAAUCUUUUGUCUUUCCACAGAAUGCAUGGAUCAAAGGCAGUGGUAGUACAGGCUUCUCUCUGCUAAUGUGCUGAGCCCUGUUUUAGCUGCAGUACCAUGUGGUGUAUUGAUAUCUGUCCAUAAAUAGCUACGCUGAUACUCUGUCCAGACCUAAAACUCAUAGGUGAUGCAGGUAGCUAAAGUUUGCUUUCCUUAAAAAUCUGGAAAUAGUGUACAAAGCAUUACAUAAAAAUAAUGUUAGGGUUGCAAAGUGAUGCAUUAAAAAUAUGGAAAUGGCAGAAUUAAGAUUGCUUGUGCAACCAUAAUUUAGUGCCCUCCCCUCUGUGUGUGUACACAUACAUAUGAACAUUUUAAUGCAGUCUUUAAGUAUGUAAUCAUAUACCAUUUUCCACACAAGAUCCCUGUCUCUUUAGAGCUCAAGAUAAAUGGUGCUGAGGAACUGUGAAUCAGGAUUGUGUAUCUGAUGAGACAGUUAUUUGUAAUACCCCUGAUUAAGAGAAAUUGGAAGGCUUGCUAUAAGGCACGGGAUUGCAGAAUGAGAGAGAAACAGUUGUCUUAUGGCUUAGAUCAGUGCUUCUCAAAGUGGUGGUCCGCGGACCGGCCACCAGUCGCCGGUCCGCAGCAAGUUGCCAGGAAAGAAAGAAAUAUAUUUUCAGAAGCAUAACAUUGAUAUGUCAUAGCGCCACAGUUCGUAUGUUCCAACACUCCAGGUGACAUCACGUCAUGCGAGGUGAGGAAAGAGAAAGAAACAGCUGGUCGCGCAUUUGCGUAGCGCUGUUACACGCAAUUGCUGCCACUGGCUGAACCAGGCACUGGUCCCUGGCCCACUGGAAAAAAAUUGCAGGUCCGCCACAUCAGAUAGUUUGAGAAGCACUGGUUUAAACUAGUGGUGCUCUGCCUUUUUCCCCAGCGGGCCAGAUAGGCAGUGCCCAGUCCAUCUCUGGGCCAGACCCUGCUAGAUGUCCCAGUCUGACUCUCAGGGAGGGUAUAACAGGCACCAUCCAGCUACACAUAGGUGGACAGGCAGCCUGGCUUCACAGGGGGAAGGGGACAUGGCUUGGCCCCAACCUGGCCCUAUGUGGGGGAUGGCCCAGUCCCACCCUGGCCUGGCCCUGAUCCAGCCACAGAAGGGGGAGGGGGCGUGGCCCAUCAAUGCAGGGCUUGGUGUUUGGGAAUUGGGGAGGGGACCAUAUUAAUGACCACUGCUCCUCUGCUGUCAGAUUUCCCAACCCAUGGGAGCCCUACAGGCCAGAUGUACUAGCUCUGGGCCAGAGGUUAAGCACCCCUUGUUUAGACAUUUGAAUGCUCCCCAGACAAUUAGAAACCUCUGUCACAGAGUUCCUUGUGUGCUGCUGGGAUAGUCAGUUAAACCAAAUGAAUCUCAGGUGACUACUCAUGUUUGUUCCUCAUUUUACAGGUGUCCAUUUGAAACCCCUACACUCUGAUCUGCAGAAAUGCUGUAUACCUGCAGUUAUAGCUAAGAACAUACAAAGAGUGAUAAUAUACUAUUUACUCUGAAAAAUCUUGUCCUAGGCAUCUCAGAUUGGGUAUCCAGUAUUUGUUAUGGAUCAGCUUCCCGUCUGUGAAAUAAUAGUAAUGACACUCACAGUAGUGAUGUGAAGAUAAAUUCAGCAAUAUCUCUGUGGGAUUUGGGUGCUACACUGAAAAGGGCCAUAGAAAAGAAAAACUCGUGAAUGAAGAAAUUUAUUCUGUAUUCAGAGUAUGGGUAACAUGCAAUUAAAAAGACCUAAGGUUGCACUGAACAGUGCAGAGAGAACAAAAUAUUGAAUUGCUGCCUAUUGAAUGCCCUCUGUCCUGUAUUCUGAAUGAUGCAGGGGUCCUGUAAGGAAAAAUUGUAAGCUAUUGAAUGAGUAAAGGUUGUAUGCUGACACAUGCACAAGAGCGUAACUAUUAAAAAAAAUUAAAGUGGUGUGGGAAGUAGGGAAGUUAAACAUAUAAAAUGAGAUAUAAUUUGGAUGCUCAUAGAAUAUUUUGCACUUAGUGUAUUGUACCUUUCAUCCAAAGAUCUCAAUGAUUUACAGAGGUAGGAAACUACCUGCAAGAAGCACAUUAAUGUUAGGGUAAUAUUAGGCAGGUUUGCUGGGCCUAAGGGAGAGGUCAUGAUUAUGUGGAAAACAAGACCAAAAAAUAAAUAUGGUUUACAAAGCAGUAAGAUUUUCCUUAUUCAUUAUAAUAAUGAAUGAUAUAAUAUCAUAAAAUUAAUCCUUAUAAAAUACUUUAGCACCAGUGAUAUAGUUUGAGAAUUAAAGACAAGUGGCUAUACAAAAAAAGAAAGCUAAUACUAAUGUUUUGCCAUUUUUUUCUUGUAAAGCAUUGACAUCCCAUGUACUGAAAAAUAGACAAAGGAGAUCAUAUCUAGUCUUCUUUCCAUGCUAACAGUGAUAACUGUCAUAAUGAAUUGCUCUUUUGAACCAGGAACUAUUAUCCAAGGAGGUAUUCUGUUUGAUCUAGGUUUCUGAUUUUUUUAUUUUUAUUUUUUUCAAACUACAGUAUUUAAGGUUACAUGUGCAAAGAUAUUUAUUAUUUUUAGGUGGGCUUUGUAAGGUGCUCAUACUGUUUCCUUGAGAACUCCAACAGAUUUACAUAUAAGGUUAUAUUUUAGAAAUUAAGGAUUUGACGUUUUAAUCUGUCCAUACGGAUGGAAAGAUUGAAUAUGAAAAGAGAUAUGGUUGUGCAGUCAUGUGAUUUAUCAUGUAAAACUGGUAUGUAUUGACUCCAAAAAAAAUUGUGAUGAAAAAUUAAAUAUGGUCCCACGGUGGCACUGAACAAGAGGCAACCUUACGAGUUUCUUCUGAAGGUGAAAUGCUGUCUUGGCUUCUUAAGCAGCGUAGUGUGUUAGGAGUGGGAGUGCUCCUUGAAAAGCCUUAUCUUCAAGCAGAGGAAGCAGCUUUUGAAGGUUAUCCCUGGAGAUUCUAGAUUACCAUUUCAGACCAAGCCACUGGGUUGUCUUCCUAUCAAUGAGCCACUUUAAAUUUCUAAUCUCUCCUCCUCUUGCCAAUUCCCAAACAAGCUAAGGUACACAUUUUGUUCUUGGAUGUACUUGCACAAAGACUGUGAAGCUAGGGGCGUUGCUUUCACAUAUUUGAAGAGAGAAACUGACCCCAUACUUCAGACCUAUGGUUUUAUCGCAAUGCUCUUUGAUGCACUGAACUUUAGCAGGGGCAGCCCAAGGUAACCAGAUCAUCAAUAUGAAAGUUUUGCAUCUUGCUAUGUUGCAAGUUGAAGUAAUAGUAGAACAUACAGACUCAUAGCCUAGGUUAAUUAUGUGUUUUCUUGAAUAUUUGUCAAACUAAACAUGCACAAUUUGUUGAUGAAUAUAGCUGGUAGUGUAAACUAAAGGCUUGAGUUUCUCUGUGUAAAACAGAUAUACAUUCUUUCUUACUUUUGCAUGUAUGACGCAUCAAAAGAUGCAUCUCUCUUAUUUUGUUGCUUUCACAAAAAGUACAACUUUAAUAUAUUCAUAUUUAUUUAUUUAACUUGUUUCAACAAGAGACAAUUUAAAGUAUUUAUUUUCUGAGACUGUAUCUAUCCUUAGUGAAUCCAAGUAGGCUAUAGAUAUAGCAAUGUGUUGAACCUCAAUUGUACAGUUCUGAUUUACAUAUUGUAUAUUUGUCUAUAUUUCCUCUAAGUAUUGUUACAUAAGAUUAGAAAAGUAAGUUCUUCUGUCCUUAUUAAAAUAAGAAUUCUGGAAAAAAGCUGUUGUCUUGAUCAGUGGGUCAGAAUUAAAUUCCAUUCUUGAGGACUUAAUUUGUUUCAUUUUUGUGUUUUUAAAUAGAAAAUAAAGGCUUUUUUAUUAAAAACAA